GAGAGUGAAGAAUCUUUUGAGCCAAAGCCGACAUUUAGACGCAAGUAUGAAAGCACUGCUUUUGGCUAUCGGCUUAAGCGCUGCUCGCGCUGCAAGGGCUGCAAUCGGCUGGAGGACUGCGGGAGGUGCGUGUUCUGUCUGGACAAGCCCAAAUUUGGAGGACCCAACAAGAAACGGCAGAGCUGUGUCUUAAAGAAGUGUUCGCUGAUUGAGCAGAACAAAUUGAGACGAUUUAACAAAGAUGAAGCGGCGGCGGCCAUCAGCGGCCACUGCCAUGAACAGCAGCGAAGAAGAAAACGAGGAGGAAGGGGGAGAUGAUGGAGGAGGACAAGCCCAGUUCAGCCCCACCAGGAGGCAGCCCAGACGACAGGUCACUCCUCAGUCCUACAGAAAACUCCUGGGGUAUGACUCCUCUGACACAGAGACGAAAAGUGUCAGCUCUGAGAAGACAAAGGCCAGCGGGACCCAAAAGACUCAAUCCAGUGAAAUGGCUACCUCUGGAACUGCUCCAGAAGAAGCAACAAAGCAGAAAAGGCAAGGACUUUACAGAGCAUUUUGGGCCCAACGCAGAAUUGAUAAGGAGCCAGUUGAACCAUCUUCAUCAUCAUCAUCGGACCCUCCAGCACCAUCCCACCAUCCCUUCACCCCCACAGGAAGUCCCUCCUUCAAGUCUGAGCGCAAGCUGCUGUUGCAGCUGGAAAGGCUACCGGCCAGUGUUUUGCAAGCGGCCUUGUUGGGCUUAGCAAUCCCGCAUACCAAAUGCGACACCAUACAGUCACUGAAAGUGACGUGCGAGGUGGUGGAAGAGGAGCAAGCUUUUAUUCAUUGCUCCUCUCUUACUCAUUCUCAGAGUUCGGCAGAGCACACGCCUUCUAGUGUCCUGACUCCGAUGGCCAAUGGCUGCACCCAGAAGGGCAAGUUCUCACAGGGGACGAUGAACAAGAUUCGCGUGGACUUCAAGGAAGACUGUCACAUCCAGAAUGUGUGGUUGAUGGGAGGAUUGAGUAUUCUCACUUCAGUUCCCAUCAUGCCCCAGUCUGUGUGUCUGCUCUGUGCCAGCAAAGGUCAACAUGAUAUGAUCUACUGUCAGAUGUGCUGUGAGCCUUUUCAUCGUUUCUGCCUGUCGCCAGACGACUGCCCAAAGGAGGAGAACAAGGAGAACUGGUGCUGCAGACGCUGCAAGUUCUGUCAUGUUUGUGGCCGCAAGAGCAAGCAAGCAAAGCCAGUUUUGCAGUGCAAGAGUUGCAUGUACUGCUACCAUCCAUCCUGUUUAGGACCCACAUAUCCCAAACCUGUAAAAAUGAACACCUCGUGGAUUUGUAUGCUGUGUAUCAGGUGUAAGAGCUGCGGUGUGACUCCUGGGAAGUCUUCAGACAUGUCCUGGAACCGUGAGCUGGAGCUCUGCCCUGACUGUAACAAACUCCAUAGCAAAGGUAACUUCUGCACUGUGUGUCUGAAGUGCUUCGAGGAACAUGAGUUUGACAGCAGCAUGAUGCAGUGUGCCCGAUGUGCCCACUGGGUCCAUCCCAAAUGUGAGGGGCUCACAGAUGAUCUGUAUGAGAUCCUGUGUCGUCUGCGGGGGAAGAGCCUGGUGUUUUCCUGUGCUCCCUGCAGUAAGAAAUUCCGCAGCGGCUGGCAAGACGUUGUGCAGGUAGUUUUGAGGAACGGUCUAGAGAAGAUCAUGGAUGGAUUGAGGAACCAUCCGACCAUCUGUCACCUCCUCAUGUGUGCACAGUGUGAAGCCUGUCCAGAUUUUGAGGUUGUAAAGGAACGGUCAGUCUGUUGUUUACAUCCUGUAGAGAAGAAGAUGGAGAAUGACCUGUACACUACACUGAAAGCGUUUCAUGAGGAUGUGGUGAUGGUGAUGGUAGAAAGGCUGAGAAAAGAAGAAUAUCUUCCAGUGGCGCAAAGGCCCACAAGCCAUGCCAAGUUGUAUUAUAUAAAGCUAGUAGAACAAGUAUUUAGCUGGUUCAACAGUCAGGACCCCAAAACAUGGAACUCUCAUAUGCAAGAAUUUCCAAGCGGUAUGCUCUCCGAGGCUGUAAUUCCCCCCAGCGAUGAACACAGUUAUGCACAAUGGCUCAAACAGCAGGACCCAGAAAAAUCUCACUCAAAAUCUCAAGAUCUGCAGAAUGUGAACUCUCAGUCUUUCAUAGAUGAAAGACAGUGCUCCCUCUGCCAGCAACUUGGAGAUGCCAAACCAAAUGAUGCUGGUAGGCUGCUGUAUAUUGGACAGAAUGAAUGGGCUCAUGUAAACUGCUGCAUGUGGUCGGCGGAAGUGGAGGAUGUCAAAGGAGCUUUGAUGCAUGUCCACAGUGCUGUCGCCAGGGGACGCUUCAUGCGCUGUGAACGUUGUGGCCAAACGGGGGCGACUGUGGGCUGCUGUCUUACCUCAUGUCAGAGUAACUACCACUUCAUGUGUGCUCGUGCCAGCAACUGUGUCUUCCAGUGUGAUAAGAGAGUCUACUGUUACAAACACCGUGACCUCAUAGAUAACAAGAUUGAACAAGGCAAUGGGUUUGAAGUUCUCAGAAGGGUCUACGUAGAUUUUGAUGGAAUCAGUCUGCGUAGGAAGUUUCUAACAGGCUUGGAGCCCGAGUCUGUAAAUGUGAUGAUUGGCUCUCUGCACAUUCAAAAACUUGGUGUUCUGACGGAGCUGUCAGCAAAUUCUGAAUUGUAUCCAGUUGGUUACCAAUGUUCUAGAUGGUAUUGGAGCACUGUUGAUCCUCGCAGGCGAUGCCGGUACACUUGUAAAGUAACAGAGAUGCGACCUUCAACACGGUGCAAACCUCCUAUUUCCCUGGUGGACCAGGGAGAAAAUCACACAAUUGUACACAGCCCAAAAGUUCACAAUGAUGAGGAUGGCACAGACAGCGAGUCUUUUUCGCCUGGGCUUCCUCCCGUCACCCCAUCCAAGACCAAACAAGACUCAGGGGUCACAGGUAAGACUCCUGGGUAUCUACACAGCAGGAGACCAACAGGAGGAAUGUCCAGACCAUUACCUUCCCCAGGAAAUGCUGUUUCCACAUCCCAUCACAUUUUGACCAUCAGUGACCUUGAUGAGACACGACGUGCAACGAGGAGACUUUCCACACGUAGCCGAAAUGCCUCUCCUCCCCCCGUGGUACUUUCGGGCCCGAUGGCUCAGCGAUCAGGUGGCACGAUUCACCCUAGGUCACUUUCAUUCAGCCCUCCUGUCUCACCACUUGGUGCAACCGAGAACCUCAUGAGCACCACUUCACCUCGACGAAGAGGGAGGCCUCCUUCGUUGUCUCCCUCUAGCAUCACCUCAGGACCCUCUCCGCCACAAGCAGCUCUCCGAAGUCCCUCUUCGACCGUACCUUCAUCUGUCCGCCACUCCUCACGACUUCAACAGCCUUUCAAAACCACACCGCAUAAAACUGAUGAGGGGGUUCAGGAGUUCUUUGCCUUUUCAGAGCCAGAGGAGGCUGCAGGUGUGCCAAGCCACCGAAUUCCCACCACAUCUGAGAGGUCAGAUCAAGAACUGCUCUCUGCGCACUUUGAUCCAGACACAGAUGUGGCGGUGGCCUCAGUGUUGAAUGCAAAGCUUGAAUUUGAUGAGUCUUUGCUCAAUGAAAAUGUGGCUCUGGAUUGUGACCCUCAAGGUAGUGAGGCAGAUGUUGAAGAAGGAACCUGCAAAUACAUCACUGGCAGGAAUGACCUGUCAUCUCCUGUGACUUCAGAGAUGCAGAUGGAAACGGAUGAUGAUGUUGCUGACCAUUAUCUAAAUUUCUCUCGCACAGUUGUGGUCCGUGAGCCUGCCAAAGACUCUACACAGGCAGGUCUUGCUGUCCUUUCUAACUCAGGGUCCAUCUCGCAGCUGGAUGGAGCUGACAAUGACUCGGAGAGCGAUACAGGUGAAGCCAACGCAGAUGAUGAUACUCAGGAAGUAGGGAGUAGUUUUUGUAGUCAGGAUACUGAGCCAUUAAAACACACUGGUCCAAACAAGGGCAGAACCCUUGACGACGGGCAGCUAGUUUGCACACAAACAUCGAUUGCAAAUCCACGUACAGCAGAUUCUGUUUAUCAGAAUGCUCAGCCAGAGACUCAAAUCAUGGACCAGGUUUGUGAAGAACAGGAAAUAGGUACUUUACAAGAGAGCGGAAAAUUGCUUGUUGACUCUAGCGCUGACAUAUACAACCAAGAAGAAGCAUCCUUCACAGAAGGAUUGAAAGCAACAACCCCCAUCCUUUACAAAGGCGGUGAUCUUGUGACGAGCCAAGAAGUAGUCUUGAUGGAAAAUGAAUCAACAGAGGGCUCGCAAGAAGUGUUCUUGGACCACACCAGUGGGAAUUUUAUAUCCGCUGUUGACGGCAGAGUUUUGGACUUGACAGAAAACGCUGCUGGUCCUGAGGGGGCAAGUGAUACCUCACCAAUAAACAAGGAUGAAUCCGUUUUAAAGAGAGGUUUGUCACCUAUUGAGAAUUCGGCAGCAGCCAUGCCGGUGAGUGGUACUAGAACAAUUCGUGUUGUUGCACAAGCUACGCCCACAAAAAGACGUUAUGUGACCAUACAACCUGGAUCCAAACCCAAAACUCUCCAGAUGGCAAUACCUCCUGCCACCUCUCUGCCACUCUCCAUGCCUGUAAGUGUUGUCUCAUCUUCUCCCACUAUUUCCGUUGCACCGCAAGGAACUCUGCUUGCUCAUGCCCCAGUUGUAUUGAAUGGAUUCGGAGCUCUGCCGAAGGAAGCUACAAAGGGUCGUACGAUCGCCAUACGCAUUGCCACUCCAAAACAAGUGACGGAGCAGUCUCUGCUCCAGUGUUUGCCCGGUACACCUCCUACACCUCAGGUUCUUCUGGUCAACCGUGCUGGACAGAUUCUAGUGAAAAACCCGCAGACUAAUACCUACCAAGUACCUAGUGCUAAUUCCCCCUCGUAUACCCAAAUCAGCCAGAUUGCAAAGAUAAUCCACAGUAGUAACGUUCUCCAGCGACCUGUCCCUAAGGUCACGGUGAUACCAGUGCCACAGGUUCAGGCAAGUCUCGGCAAAACCACACCAACACGUAUCAUAUCUUACAGCAGUAGCAAUGGAGCAACACCGUCAACCCAGGUUCUUAUCAGGAGGAUUCCUCAGAGUUAUCCUGGAAGCCAAUUACACAGUAUCAGUCCACCAAUAGAAAGAGCUGACUUGAUUUCUGAAAGUGGGCAGAAGGAAAUGGCCCAGGCGAUAAUCGACAAAGCAAUGGCAAGUCACCGUGAAGUGGCAAGUCCCACCGGCGUGAACCCUUCUCAGCUCCACCUUGAUAAACGCCUCUCUCCUGAAUCGAAGGAAUCAUCUACUGGGAUUCGUCUUCGGACUCAACCCAACAUCUUGUCACACUCCAGACCUCAAGUCAAGAUCAAGAGAGCGUCUUCAUUAACUAAUCGAAUUGGUGUGAAAAGAUGCAGGACUGACUUCUUGGAUCAAAUGGAUUCUUGUUCCCAGGAUGACCACAGCAGAUCAGUUCGGGUUAGAAUAAAGGCCCCUAGUGUAAAGGAUGUGCUCGACUUUGACGACCCUGAUGUUGGAUCUCUUGACCAGCCGAAGAAUGAUGAAUCCAAGGUUGCCGAACAGGAGAGAAUUACUCCAAAUAAUUUGGAGCCCACUGCGGCGCAGGAAAAUGACACACGAGAUGGUGGUAAAUCUCAAUGUAUCAUCUCUAAACAUAGUGAUUCGUCUGACUGGGCCCCGUAUGCAGGUUGGAGUUCAGAUGAGGACUCUCCAUCACCUGGCAAGCAGGAUAAAUGUGCCAGUCAGUAUCAGCCCCACCUGCGUUUCCAAAUUACCAGUGAGGAUGGUUUUAGCGUAGAAGCCGACAGCAUGGAUGUGGCGUGGAAGGCAGUAAUGGAUGGUGUCCAGGAGGCACGGAUACGCUGUCGGCUGGAGCAAUUGCCCAUCAGCAGGGUAAGCGGUGCCAGGGUACUGGGUGUCCUCCAUGAUGCUGUGCUCUUCCUGCUGGAGCAGCUGCAAGGUGCUUCCCUCUGCCAGAAACACCACUUCCGUUUCCACCAACAUGAAGUACCAGAAGAGGUGCUGCCAAUCAAUCCCAGUGGCUGUGCCCGCGCAGAGGUCUAUGUGCGAAAAUCUACCUUUGACAUGUUCAAUUUCCUGGCUUCACAACAUCGGCAGCUUCCUGAGUCUAGGCCAUGUGAUGAUGAAGAGGAUGAUGUUAUGCUCAAAUCUAGCAGACGAGCGACAAGUACGGAGUUGCCAGUGGCUAUGAGGUUCAGACACUUGGAGAAAACCUCCAAAGAGGCUGUGGGAGUUUACAGAUCUGCUAUACAUGGUCGUGGUCUUUUCUGCAAGAGGAACAUCGAGGCUGGGGAGAUGGUGAUCGAGUAUGCUGGCAAUGUCAUUCGCUCAGUUCUCACAGACAAAAGGGAGAAAUACUAUGACAGCAAGGGCAUCGGCUGCUACAUGUUUCGCAUUGACGACUUUGAUGUGGUAGACGCCACCAUGCAUGGAAACGCGGCACGGUUUAUCAAUCACUCCUGCGACCCUAACUGUUACUCGAGAGUCAUCAAUGUGGAGAACCAGAAGCACAUCGUUAUUUUUGCCCUGCGGAAGAUUUACCGUGGAGAGGAGCUCACCUAUGACUACAAGUUCCCCAUUGAAGAUGCAAACAACAAAUUGCACUGUAAUUGUGGGGCCAGGCGCUGCCGACGCUUCCUGAACUAAAGUUUUUGUGGUUUACUCUGGCACAUGGGUGGGAAAAGGAGGUUUGUGAGGGGAUAUUUUGGUAUAGGUGGCUAUUUUUGAAGGAAGACACUCAUUACAGGUGCUUAAGGGUACGGAGAUGAAGGAAACACCAUAUUGAUAUAGAUUGGCCAGGUGUGUAAUGUUUUUAGACCACCAGCACAUCUUGAUUGGUUACCUCGUAUGAGCUAUAUUUCCUACCCCAAAAUUCGACAACCUGGAAAGUCCUGGAGUGGAUAAGGCAGAUGAUUGCUUUGAUUUAACAAUUAACCUCAAACAAAUACCCUUUACUUAACUACUUCACCUGUCCUUAUGCUACUUUUUCCCAGCAUGCCUUUCAAAUCUUGCCACUGGUGACUAGUAAUGCAGUAGAUCUAUUCUGGAAGGAUCUUUUAGCUGUCAGAACUAAUAUACAGAGGUUUUCAUAGUGGAAGAUACCCUGAAGUUUGAAAGGGUGUGAUUAUUUUUGCUACUGAAUCAGAGGAGUUCCUGUGAUGGGUCGUCCUCAACAGCACCUUAAUAAUCUUUGCUCUUUCCCCCCCCCCAGAAAUGUUAGCAUUGUACAUAUUCUCCUUAACAGAUGUACAAUCUUGCCACACAAUGUAGUUUAUAAACAGGAAGCCUGUAUGUUUCCAGAACAUUUACAUUUGUAUAUUUCAGUGUUUUUUACAUGGGUGCAAAUUAAUGUAUCACUUAGAACACGCUUAUUUUUAAAAAAAGAAAAAAAAAAAAAACCCAAACAAAACAAAUUCCCUUGACUGCAACAUUAAUUUAAGUUAGAGUACCUUUUCUCUGAAUGCAUAUACAGACAGUUUUGCAGCAUUCUGGGUCAUGUAUAGAUUACCUUUCUUCAUAAGACUUCCCCCAAAGCCCAAUUUUUGAUAAAUUGGUUUUAAGAACCCACUGUUUUUAUGUGCUUUUAUAUCUCAAGGCCAGUCUGUUAGGGGUCUGUUGUAAUAUUCUCUAUAUAAGGAUUACUUGUGCAGUGUUAAACGUUCAAAAAAUCCCAUCCUGAUCAUAACAUGCACAAGUAUUAACGGAAAUAUACGAAACCAUACUUAUGAAUGGCGGGUUUAGCUUGAAACAGCCGACUUGCUUCUAAUAGCCAUGUGUUUCUUUCGAUACCUUUGCUCAUGCAGCACGUUUAGGCCAACUCUCGUCUCUAUUUCAGUCGACUACCUCAGUAGCUCAGUAAACCAGUGACAGCUAGUGAAGUUACAGUGCAAACAAUAGUAAAAAAUUAUGCUGGGAUAAUCCCGCACUAGCUUUGAUUUUAUGCAACGUGACUGUAGGGGUUUGUUUCAUUUGUUUGUUUUUCCAGUGAAUUCCCGGCUUUUGUACAGAAUUGAAGUGUGCUUAUUAAAAAUGAAGACUGAGGCUUAAUUCCAUCACUGAACGUGAUCCAACUCAAAGUGAAAUUUUGUCCAUAGUUGUAUACAAGAAUUUCUAAAUCUGUUAAAUUUUUCUACGCACUUUUUUUUUUUUUUUAAUUUAUGAUGUUCUGUACGUAAUAAAGAUACAAAGAUAUUUGAACAAAG